AUGGCUUUUAAUAUAUUCAACUUGACUUCCUUAUCUUUAGAAAAUAAUUAUAUCGCCGAUUUAAAGUUUCUAGCUUUGAUGAAAACACUUAUCUCCCUCAAUUUGAAAAAUAAUUUAAUCAGUGAACUGAAAGUGGAAGAAUUUAUCAACUUAAUCCAUUUGGAAAAUCUCAAGCAGCUUAAACAAUGCUGUAGCAUGGUAAAGUUCCUUAGUGGGCAAUUUUAUAACCAAGCUCAAUUGCAAUACCCUCACGCAUCUGAAGAAAUUGCAGAUUCUCCGUUUGGCAGACAUGAGAAUACAAUAUGUCGUAAACCAAUUGGUAUGCCUGGAAAUAUUCGAACUAUUAGAUUCUCUGUAAGUAAUAGCAGUAAAUAUCAGUCCGACUGUGAAAAAUUAGUUAGUAGAUGUUCUCACCUAAGUAUUUUUAAUAAGAUGACUCAUGAAUGUUAG